CUGACGUUCGUAAGUGAAUCAAACAUUGUAUUCAUUGAUUGUUGUGAAGAAAGUUUAAAAGGCGCUGGCAAAAAUGAUUUCCUAAAUUUUCAUAAAUUUAAGAGCGAUUUUCCACAAAAAUGGACAAGUUAACAACGAUAAGUGCGGCGCUCUUUAUGGCGGCCGAUGUGUGUGCCAUUGUGAGCCUCGCGAUGCCCGAUUGGAUUGUGACUAGUGUGGGAGGAGAAACUCGCUUGGGAUUGAUGUGGACCUGCAUGACACUCUACAAUAGGCCACAGGUUUGCUUCACACCGGAACUGCAACCGGAGUGGCUCAUAGCUCUCAUCUGCAUAUUCGUGGGUUGCAUCUGCAUCACCACCACGAUCAUUCUGCUUGCUUCCAGUAAUUGGGAUCGGAAUGUCAUCCCGUACGCCAGAUGGGUUGGUUUUACUGCAAUGGUUCUCUUCUGUUUUGCGGCUGUGAUCUUCCCGCUAGGAUUCCAUGUCGACGAAAUAGGCGGCCAACCGUACCAUUUGCCACAUUCGCAUCAGGUUGGCAUCUCGUACAUUAUGUUUGUACUCGCUCUCUGGAUUACGGUCAUCUCGGAAUUGUUCGCCGAAAAGGUUUGUCUGCCGCAGUUCUGAGUAGGCAGGUAGGGGGCAUACUGCCCAUGAUCGCAUAUCAGUCCCAUCUUUGCUGGGUUUCCUAUUCAUAUGGGACAAUUAUGCGAUCAUAGGCAGCAUAGGUAAUGAAACACCCACAUCCAAAAUACCAAACAACUUGCACAGUAUUUUUCAAUGGGAGUAAUCUCUAUAGUUUCUAGUUUGUGGAAUUGAUUUUAAUUAACGUCAGAUUUAUUUUUACAUUACGGAUAGCUAAGUGUUCAAUUGGGAAUAAAUUGUGUGAUAUUAUUGUAAA